GUCAUUUGUACCACCCCACCUCUUGAAAAACUCAGCUUUUGUCGAACAUUUCCGAGUAUGAAGCAAAAGAUUGUGAUUGAGGUGCUACCAUGUGACAAAUGCCGUUCCAAAGCCUUGGUCUUAGCUGCUGCAACAGAUGGUGUUACGUCAGUGACAUUAGAUGGGCAAAAGACAGAUCAAGUGGUGGUGGUUGGAGAUGGAGUUGAUGCAGCUUGCUUGACCAAAUCCUUGAGGAAGAAGGUUGGCUAUGCUAGCUUAUUAACCGUGGAAAAAGUGAAGGAAACCCCCGAGAAGAAAAAGGAAGAAGCGAAGAAAGACCCACCUCCAUGUGCAAGGUGGACAGUACCACCUUGUUAUCAUCCUCAACCUGAAUAUUAUAAAGUGGUUUAUGAUCCCAAUCCAUCUAGUUGCGCUCUCAUGUGAUGAUCAGGGAAUGAACUUCCCUAGUACUCACAUGA